UAACCAGUUGCAUGGCACGUGUGCAUGUAUUUAUGCAGUAGUAUGUGUGUGUGCCAUGAAAACCAAAGGAAACGUAAUCCAAUCUCUUUUCUCUCUUUUUCUAUCAAUAAACAAUGAACGUGAUAUGUGCGAACAUUUUUCAACUAUUGCAGUAACGACAGAAAAUGGGACCUUGAAAUGAAUUCGCUGAGACCAUUGAUAUUAAUCUUGAAUUUCCAUACUCAGAGAAAUUGUGACCACACAAUUUCUUUAAAGGUUAUCCGAGAGUCGAAGCAUCCGUUAGUGCAUCGACGUCCUACAUGUUUUGUUAAUUGAGAUUAGAGAAGUAUAGAGUUGUGAGAUAAUAUACAAUGGCAGAAGUAAAAGUUGGAAUUAGUUCGAGCCAGGACUGUCCCGUCGAUCCAAGAACGAGAACCAGUGAAUCCGGAACUAUGGCGUCGUCUCCGUCAUCCUCGUCUGAUUAUGUCACUGGGGAUGCUGAUGACAGCUCUGAUAGUAAGACGACGAUACCCCGAACGUUAAAGUCUGUAGAGACCUUGCUCUCAUUUUCAAAGGCAACGACACAAGAGGAACUUCAAGAAAUGGCUGGGAAAUGUAAACAGUUAGUAUUAGAGAGCACGGAAUGCUCCGAGGAAAGGAAAUGGCUCGUAAGACGUUUAAUCGAGCUUCGUCUAAGAGUUCAAGAGUUACGGGGAUCGCCUGAUGAGACGGUACUCGAAACAUGCGUUGUUCUCGGACAUCAUUUGGUUCCCCAGAAACAUUAUAUCAACAGUGGGCCAGUUUACUGCGAUCAUUGCAGUGGCACUAUCUGGACAGUUUUGCAGUCGUGGUACAUUUGUAGUGAUUGCGGAUUCUGUUGCCACUGGAAAUGCCUGAACAACAUUUGUCGAGUCUGCGUACAUGUCAUCGCAAGCGAGACUGGUGGCUACAACAACACAAUGGACAUUUGCCCAGAGCAAGGACUUUCGGCGCAAGGAUAUCGAUGCGCAGAAUGCAAUGCCAAAAUAACAUUUACACUCGCAGAAGGAUUAUUGGUAUCAUGUUUCGGAAGUCCUUUCAAGUAUCCAGAUACUGCAUGGGUAGAUCCGCGUCUUUGCGAUUACACUGGAUUGUAUUAUUGCCAACGGUGCCACUGGAACACUAUGGCAAUGAUUCCGGCAAGAGUUGUCAGGAACUGGGACAUGGAACCACGUCGAGUGUGCCGAGCUGCUGCUCAAUUAUUGGCUUUGCUCGAGGAGAGACCGGUUCUCCAGCUGGAGCAACUUAAUCCAAAGUUAUUUACACUGAUUCCAGAUUUAUUGGUUAUUAAGAAAUUACGGGCAGAGCUGCAGAUGAUGAAGACUUAUUUAGUAUCCUGUCCGAAAGCCCAGACUCAAGGUUUGCCCUGGAAAUGUGUACUCCGAACGCAUUUAAUAGAAAGUCAGGACACCUAUUCCCUGAGGGACUUAGCCGAUCUUCAAAGUGGAGUUCUUCUGAGUGAAAUUAGGACAGCUUAUGAUUCCAUGAACAGCCACAUCACUGAAAUAUGUAAAUUGUGCAAAGCGAGGGGCCAUUUGUGUGAAUUGUGUGGGAACGAUGAAGUCAUUUAUCCAUGGGGUCACAAUACAAUCUCUUGUCUGGAUUGCACAGCAGUUCACCAUAGAGUUUGUUGGGCGAAACGCAAUCACACUUGUCCAAGAUGUGCGAGAAUUCAACGAAGACAUGCUCUAGAAUCGGAAGGAAAUACCGAGUCGAUCAUUGAGAAGAACGGAGAAGAGGAAAAAGGUAAAGGCCAAACUUCAUCGGAUGAUCGCAGCCCUUAAACUACUAUCUCCGUGCAUUAAUUUUCCAUCUCAGACAAUGCAACCCGAUUAGAUACUAAUAUACUGAUUAUCCUUCGCUUUGUUAAGGCUUACAUCGGUGAAAUUUAAGGGUGCGAAUUAACUGUAUAUACGAUGUAUAUUUUGUAUUGGUUUAUAGAUGAUUUCUGAUCCAAAAAUGGAGCUGUACAUAGUUAGAGUUAUUCGUGUAGUUCGACGUGCAGCUCUGAGUUUAGCGAUGAGUUUUUCCAUGGAAUUUAUGGAGUGCUAGUUCAGUUAGUGAGUUGCGUUAGUUCACCAGUACGCUGGGCUUUCGAUUAAUCUUACCAAAAUGUUACGUCGCAAUUUUGUGCACUUAAGGUUUUGUAGGCAGUUAAAGUUUUAAUUUCUAUUUCAUUGUUAUUAGUUUGAGAGAUCUGUUAAAACAAAACUUCAAGGAAAAGCUACGAAUUAGUGAACGAUAUUAAAUUAUUAAAUGGGAAGGUGUUUUAAUAAAGACAUGUACGAGUGG